AUGGACGGAAAGCGACACCCCAGCUCGUUCCAGCAGCUCGAGAAGCUGGGCGAGGGUACCUAUGCUACCGUCUUCAAGGGCCGUAACAGGCAGACCGGCGAGCUCGUAGCACUGAAGGAAAUCCACCUUGAUUCCGAAGAAGGCACACCAUCGACCGCUAUCCGAGAAAUCUCUCUGAUGAAAGAGCUCAAGCACGAGAAUAUUGUGGGACUGCAUGAUGUUAUUCAUACCGAGAACAAGCUCAUGCUCGUCUUCGAGUUUAUGGAUGGCGAUCUCAAGAGGUAUAUGGACACACACGGCGAUCGAGGCGCUCUCAAGCCUACUACGGUCAAAUCCUUCAUGUAUCAGCUUCUCAAGGGCAUCGACUUCUGCCACCAGAACCGCGUUCUUCACCGCGACCUGAAGCCCCAAAACCUGCUUAUCAACGGUAAGGGUAUUCUAAAGCUCGGCGAUUUCGGUCUCGCCCGCGCCUUCGGCAUUCCCGUCAACACUUUCUCCAACGAAGUCGUCACCCUCUGGUACCGCGCUCCUGAUGUCCUCCUCGGUAGCCGAACAUACAACACCAGCAUCGAUAUCUGGUCAGCGGGCUGCAUCAUGGCCGAGAUGUUCACAGGCCGACCGCUGUUCCCUGGAACCACCAAUGAAGACCAAAUCGUUCGCAUUUUCCGCAUCAUGGGAACACCAACUGAGCGUACCUGGCCCGGCAUUACACAAUUUCCUGAGUACAAGCCGACCUUCCAGAUGUACGCCACUCAGGAUCUUCGAACUAUCCUCCCGGCGAUUGACCCAACCGGUAUAGAUCUGUUGCAAAGGAUGCUACAGCUUCGACCAGAGUUGAGGAUCAGUGCCCAUGAGGCCCUUCAACACGCUUGGUUCAACGACCUUCUGAUGCACCCUCAGCAGCAGGCUCUCCAAGCACAGGCACGUGCAUACCCCCAGACUGUUCCCAGUCAAGGUUAUGAGGCGUAUUAG